GCCAGGCCCAGAUACAGCCCCAGCCUACCUACCAUGCUCUGCCGCCAUCUGCUUUACAGGCUGCCAGUCAGGAUGUGGGGACCAACGACGGAGAGUCAGAGGAGGAGCAGCAGUCAGAUCCCUUCUCCAUGUCUUAUCCAUAAACUUGACCACAUCGUGAUGACAGUAAAGAGUAUCAAAGACACCACCAUGUUCUAUUCCAAGAUCUUGGGCAUGGAGAUCACUAUUUUCAAGGGAGAUCGGAAAGCAUUGUGUUUUGGUGACCAAAAAUUUAAUCUACACGAGGUGGGAAAGGAAUUUGAACCCAAAGCAGCUCACCCCAUUCCAGGCUCCCUGGACAUAUGUCUGAUCACAGAGGCACCUUUGGAGGACGUGAUAGAGCGCCUCAAGGCUUGCAAUGUCCCUAUUGAGGAAGGUCCAGUCCCCAGAACAGGAGCAAAAGGGCCUAUUAUGUCCAUCUACUUCCGAGAUCCUGAUAGAAAUCUGAUUGAGGUGUCCAACUACAUCACCUCGUGAUUGACAUUGGCCUUCCUCCAUCCUGUUCUCAAGAUAUCAUCAUCUCCCUUCUUUCCUGCGAUCCUUGGCCCAGGCCCAAAGACCUCCCAGGACUGAGAACUUCAGCACAUCACACGUUCUGUGAAGAGGGCCUAAAACAGGUUUUAUUCAAACUUUUGUUUCUGGAUGGCUUUCAUCCAAGCUACUCCAUCCAAUAAAUGACUCAUAUCUCCAUCUAAGCUCAUCA